AUGGAAGAAAAAACAGUCAUUGCAACAGAAGUGAAAAAGAAUGAAGAAGUUGAUAGUGAAGGGAAUCCACUUUCUAAGAAGGCUCUCAAAAAGGAAGCGGCUGAGAAAGCCUCACGUGAGGCCACUGAAAACUAUGGUUCUGAAAACUAUGGAAAAUUGCCCAUGAACCAAUCACGGGAAAGGACCGGUAUUAAGAGAACUCGUAUCGUUGAUAUCAAUGCUACUCGUGAUGGUGAAACUGUGACAUUUCGGGCCCGUAUCCAUACUUCACGCAGUAAUAGUGUGCAACAAGAUGCCACGAUUCAAGGAGUACUCGCUGUGGAUGAAAAAAAUAUAAGCAAAACGUUUGUUAAAUUUGCUGCUAGCGUUCCUGUCGAAUCGAUCGUUCUUGUUGAGGGCACUAUCAGCAAACCAGCCGAGGAAAUCAAAAGCACAUCAAUCUGUGAUGCGGAAUUACGCAUCAAAAAAUUUUACGUAGAGUGUGAAAUUAAUGGACGACUUCCGUUUUCCUUGGAGGAUGCCUCAAGAUCUGAGGAGGAAUUCAAAAAAGAUGAUGUACAGUUCAGUCGGGUAACGCUAGAAACGCGGUUGAAUCACCGCGUUGUUGACCUUAGAACUCAAACAAAUCAUGCAAUUUUUCGAAUUCAGUCCGGAGUUUGUCAAUUGUUUCGUGAAUAUCUUUUGUCGAAAUCUUUUAUUGAGAUACAUACACCUAAAUUAUUAGGUGCUGCCAGUGAAGGCGGUGCUAAUGUGUUUAAGGUUAGAUAUUUCAAAGGUGAUGCAUAUUUGUCACAGUCUCCUCAAUUGCAUAAACAAAUGUGUAUAUGUUCCGAUUUUGAAAGAGUAUUUGAAAUAACCCCCGUUUUUCGUGCCGAGAACGCAAACACUCACCGACAUAUGACAGAAUUUGUUGGACUUGAUUUGGAAAUGGCAAUUGAUGAACACUAUCAUGAAGUGCUUGAUGUAUUGGAUGAACUUUUUGUUUUUAUUUUUAACGGAUUAAAAUCUCGAUUUUCCUCUGAAAUCGAGACUGUGAAAAAACAGUAUCCUUGUGCUGAUUUUGAAUUUCACCCUAAAACGCUAAGAUUGGAAUACAAGGAUGCUGUCAAACUUUUAAGAGAUAACGGUACCGAAAUAGGGGAUUUUGAAGAUCUUAGUACUGAGAAAGAAAAAUUUCUUGGUAAACUAGUUAAAGAGAAAUAUCACACGGAUUUUUAUAUGCUCGAUAAAUUUCCAUUAGAAGUUCGACCAUUUUAUACUAUGCCAGACCCAACCAAUAACAAAUAUUCAAAUUCAUACGACUUUUUCAUGCGUGGGCAAGAAAUUCUUUCUGGAGCGCAACGUAUUCAUGAUCCAGUGUUUUUAGAAGAACGUGCCAAGGUGCACGGUGUUGACUUAUCAACCAUACAACCAUACAUUGACUCCUUCAAAAGAGGAGCUCCACCACAUGCAGGAGGUGGUAUCGGCUUGGAGCGAGUAGUCAUGUUUUUCUUAAACUUGGAUGAUAUACGUAGAAGUUCACUAUUCCCACGUGACCCAAAACGCCUCGAGCCAUAA